GAAGUGAGCCGGGAGAAGUGGAAUGUUGAAGGCUUCCAAGGGAUCGAAUCAACGACAAGGUGUGCGCGGAUGACACUGAACGAAGGCGGCACGGCCGAUACCAUGCCACACCAGCUUCGGAUCCAAGGUGGUAACGUACUUGUUGUGAUCCCUGGUCGGGCGCCCUUGUGCUUACGCUGUAAGCGCACAGGUCAUAUUCGACGAGAAUGCAGGGCGCCGAAGUGCUCGGAGUGUUUUCGCUUCGGGCAUUAUGGCACCGAAUGUGUCAGGUCGUACGCCAGGGUGGCCAGCGGGGCCGGGACGGCCGAGGCCGAGACCAAUGACCACGCCAUGGAUGCCGAGGAAGCGGAGCGUACUAUCCAGGGCUUGGCGCCAGAAGUUUCAACCCCUGCCAAAGAACGCAAGAGUGAAGGAAGCAGCUCCUUGGGGGCAGCGAGAGAGAACGGAGGUCAACCGGAAGGCGCACCUCCCAGUGGUGCCGACGUGAAACCCUCUGAUGCCGGAGCAGACAAGGAAUCGAACGACGCAAGCACCAACGGACCUUCAGAUAUGGACGACACCAGCGAGUCAACUAAGCGAGCCUUCGAUGACGAUACGGCAGCAGGAAACGGAGCACGCCAACUACACCCCUGGAUGGAACGCACGAAGAAGGGGCGUUACCAGCCCGCGCCCAACGAUCCUAAAGAGGAACGUCGGCGCAGGGAAAGCAAGUAAGGCGUUCUUUGCCUGGUUUCCUGGUGUUUAAGAUUGCUGCAUCAAGACAAC